AUGGUUAGUCCAACUACUACCUCAGUUGUUUCUGUUAGAUCAGAUGAUCUUCCUAUCGAGAGUUUCCUUUCUUUGUCGAACGAUGACAUUAGUACCAAUGGGGUUGAAUCAUCAAUUACUGAAUCUAUUCAAGGGCCCAUUUCUUUGUUAUCCCAAUAUCAUUCAUCGAAGGAGAGUAGCACCUUGAAUUCAAGGAAUAUCGAUUUAGAUUCCUCUGGUUUUACAGACGAUAUCGAUGUAGCUCCUUCUUCAAGGUUUUCAAUGUAUACGAACACAACUAUUUCAACUACAAGAAAAAAUAGUGAUUAUAUUAUGUCAUCUAAAGAUUAUAUCACCCAAUCGGAUAAUCUGCCAACAUCUAUAUGUUCAACGUACAGUAAAUCCCAAUCCAAAUUAUUUUCGAUUAAUGCUGAUGCCAGAUAUACAAUAAAAUCGACUUCUGUUAAAAAAUCUUCAUUAACAACAGGUUAUACAGUUAAUGAAAUUGAUUCAACAUUUUCAAAAGGUACAGUAAUUACAUCCCGUGCUACCGUGUCUGCUCCAUCAUCAUUCACAUCUUCUAUUAAUGAAGGUUCACCUUUGAUUACUACUACUACUACCGAUUCGAAUGGUAAACAGACGGUCAUCACAUCCACUGUUUCAUCUUCUUCGAUGACAACCACCAGAAACGCUAGUCAAUAUUCAGUGAGCGAUAUGCAUGUUAAAUCAUCACCUAUUCCUAAUAACAGUAAUGCUAUUAUUAAUAGUAUUCACUCUCAAAUUACUUCUACAGGUAUCGAUAAUUCGCUCUAUACGAGCAAUUUAAACAGUAAUCCAGAAGUUCUUAAUACAAACUCUACUAAUGAAUCCAACGAUGUCUCUACUACAGCUGCUACAUCGUCUAGUGACUCCCCUUCUGUUUACGAAGGUUCAGGUAUAUCAAGAAAGAUUUCGAAUUCCUUAUCAACAUUAAUCGGUAUCUUUGUUUUAACUUUAUUAAUAUAG